AUGCGCUUGAUCAACACUCAAACGUUAGAGCUAGAAGAUUUCCCCAGCAAUGAUCUUGUUCCUCCCUACGCCAUUCUGUUCCAUACGUGGGGUGACGGUGAGGUGACCUUUCACGAUUGGCAGGAUGAUGAAGAAAGAGCCAAAAAGAAGGGCUUCCACAAAAUUCAGUCAACAUGCAGACGGGCUGUCCAGGACGACUACUCACAUGCAUGGGUUGACACCAAUUGCAUUGACAAGAGCAGCUCCGCAGAGCUAUCGGAAGCUAUCAACUCCAUGUUCGCCUGGUAUGAGAACGCCGCCGUUUGUUAUGUCUACAUGCCCGAUGUUAUACAAUUACCAACCAAGGGAUACGGCACCCAUUUUCAAGAGAGCAGAUGGUUUACGCGGGGCUGGACGCUGCAAGAGCUCAUCGCCCCUCGAAACAUCGUGUUUUACGGCCGCGACUGGGAGAUGCUGGGGACAAAGACCGGGCUCGUCACAACCAUAUCGAAACGGAUCACCAAAAUUCCCAGAGGGUGUUUGCUGAACGAGCAGCCUCUCUCCAGCUUCAGCACAGCACAGAUAAUGUCAUGGGCCUCUUCACGCGUUACGACUCGCCCAGAAGACCAGGCGUGUUGCCUUUUGGGGUUGUUUGGUGUCAACAUGCCGCUUCUCUAUGGUGAAGGCUCCAAGGCGUUCGUAAGACUGCAGGAGGAAAUCAUCAAGAUAUCCGACGACCAGAGCAUAUUCGCCUGCGAUAUGGAAGCUCUGGCUAUGAAGGCUCUCGAGGAGCGUACAAGCAUGAUGGCUAUGGUGGGCAAGAGUGACGCGGAUGAAUUCGGUAGAGGUCUUCUCAUCUUCAAGAAAAAAGGCUCCGGUCGAGAAAGCGGGAAAUACGUGGCAGUUUAUUUCGAGGCAGGGCUGGACGAGAACCUUCCGUUAGAAGAGCGAUUUUACGGGUGGCGCCGCAGAUGUCGAGUAUUUCCGGACUGGAAUGUCCAUCAUACUUUGAAGGACGUCAAACCUUUCAGCGACGAGUUCCUCGGUGAAAGAGGAAGGGCGAGCUGGGUUGGCGACUUUCUAGUGACGGCGAGGACUAUGCUCCCCGUCGAUUCUCCGCACAUGCCAGGGACUUCCACCGUCUUAGUAGCGGAAAUCAUCUUUGACAUGAAUCGUUUCCGGGACAUGAGAGGGCGGAAAGGAUCGAUGAGCGAAACCAACGACUCACCACAAUACAGCAUGAUGCUGCGUGACUCGGAAGGAUCAGACAUUGAGCUGUAG